GCCGAGAGUCAGUGAGCUGUGGGAUGUUGUGGUGGACGGACGUGUGACGCUACGCUCCGACACACCUGGACCAGGGCCUCGCCGACCGUCCACCCAGACCACACCAGGUGCGCCACACCACAACUGGUGCUACUUAACCUUACUGGGAGAAAAAGAGAAAAAUAACACCUCAUCCUGUGGAAUUAAGAGAUAUAGUGAGAUAAGGGAAUUUGGUGCUUCAAAAGGAUAUAUAGAUAUAUGUAUAUUGAGUGUUUCUUGAGUGCAAUGUGACUUUUAAAAGUUACUUCCACGACGAAGUAGACUUUAUAAAAGUUUGUUGUGUGUUGAGACUGGUGGCGCGGUGUUGUUGUUGAGUGUCACACCAUGAUCGUCUGUACGUCUUACCAGGAAGAGCGACACAUCGUCCAGAGUGAAGGAGGCGGCGGCAGUGUGAGUGUGUCUGCCUGUGAACAUCGCUACUCGGCGUCGUCAGGAGGAGCGCCGCCCCCCUACUCCAGGCUGCCCCCAGAUGGCCAUGAGUUCCCCAGCACCUACGCCGAGGGCCUCCCCGACAAGCUGUCCCGCUACGCCCGGUACUCACGCCUGGCCAUGGAGCUAGACAGUCCUACCAGCCCGCCCACCUCCACCCCUCGCACCCGCUCCGCCCCGGGCACCCCACUAGGCCCGCCACCGCCCAUACCCCGCACCUCCCCCACCAACUCCAAGACUUACACCACCGAGAGGACACUAGAUGUGGGCGGAAAAUGGGCGGGCAAUGAAGAGAGAAGGUCUAGGGAACCCACGCCCACACGCGGGCGGUGGCGUCGCCAGGAUGAGCGAAGCGAGAAAAGUGUCCGAGACAAGAUUGCCAUGUUCUCUACCGACGGACCCGACCAGCCACACCCGAAGACCAGGAAGUUAGACAAACUGGAGGGUGACGAGAACACCAUGAAGCGCGCCUUUACCGAGGAUGACGUGCGGCUAGAGAACUCCAAAGGUUCAAGCGCCAAGUCUGGGAGAGAAGCUCACAACGGAUCUCGCUCCCUCACAAAGACCUCCGCCUUCAGCUCUAUGAUCAACGUCAGCACCGCCGAGCCCAAGGACAAUAUCAAGCCCAUGUCGACAGCCUCUAGUGAAGUUGACAUCAGACAGGAGAUACCACCAGCGCCCCGUCGACACGAGCUACGUGAAGAGAAGAGGGCGGAGGACGACUCCUCUGCCAAGGGGCUUCACGGUCGCUCACAGAGUCUCAUCGACAUUGGGCGGUCGACAUUGACCAAGCGUCACAGUGUGGGCGCUUACGAUCGACCCUCAGUGUACCAGUACGGUGUUGAGAAGCCCGAGGAGAGGGAGCGCAGGACCUCGCUCACCAACCUUAUCGAACAGAGACGGAAAAGUUUCGGAUGCAAACUUCGAGGUCUUGUGAUCCCUGAGAGUCGGGGCAGCGAAGGUGACAAGACAUCCAUCGACCUUCCUCGUAUUGCCAGCAUUCCUCCUGCAGCUUCUGCUAAGACCAUGUCCCUCCCGCGUGAGGGUCAGCGCUCCCCCAGACUCUACAAGGCCGACUCCAUCUCCAGCAUCGAUUCCUGUGAGUCCAACACCAGUAGACACAGCUCACUCAACGCUCCGCCAUGGAAGAAUCACAACACGAGCACUUUACCCAAGUACUCGCCAGCAUUCAAGCGGAAGAACGUGACAGUGUUCAACAAGUCUGACAAUUUACCGCCUCCAAGUGGUCGAUCACACAGCACCCGCAGCGCCUCUCCCACCAGCGACCUCUCCUACGCCUCCCCCAUCCCGCCCGCUCACGCGUCCCCCAAGAGCCUGGAGACACCCAGCUCAGAACACCCAUUCGAUUACUCGGACACCAGCAGGUACAGCAACGACCGACAUAACUACAGCAAACUCCCACUCUCACAAAAGAGUUCCUUAGACUCCCGCUUCAGUAGGGCUGAAGACAGUGACAACGACUCGGCAGUUAGUUCCACUCAGUCCAGUUUCUCUCAGGGUAUGUCGCCUCCGUCGUCUCCCAUGCCGGAACACGACGACCACGACGACCGAAGGGGGAGGAGCUACAGGUCACAGACUUCCUUUGAAGAACAGGAGGCAGCCAGAAGAGUCCUGAAGCGAGGCAGUAUUGAGGCCGAGAACAGAAGAAAUGUAAUCAACUCAGCCAGGUGUAGCUCAGGGAAGAACAGUGAUGAGCAGCAGACGCCAGAGAUCAUCCGUAAGUACACCACGACCCCUGAGAGAAGUGAAGAGACAGACAGAUUCCCUCAGCGGCUGGACACAGAGCUUCGUGAUGGUCCGAAAGUAACAGGUCUUCGUCGUCAGCCAUCUUCAUCCUCCACGUCAUCCACUGCAUCCUCACGUAGGUCUUCCCAGGACUCAUCCAGGCGGAAUUCUAAAGAUUCUGUCAUCCACGUCACCAAAUACGACGAAGUGAAAGUGUCGGCAGAACCUGUCUACUUUGAUCAGGAAGGAGAAAUGUACAAGGAAUCACAACUAAAAGUAGCUUAUCUAAAUGAAAUUGUUGACGACUUUGAGCAACUUAAUGAAGCCACGAACCAAGAAGUGAUCGCAGAAGUGCCCAUGUCUGCGUCACGACGAGUUGUGGAAACGGCUGAAUCAGUUAACACGCUAACGUCGACAAUGUCUUCCCCCGUGAGACGGUCAGAGCGAUGGGCGGCGCUUGAGAUGAAGUACGGCUCCUCCGGUUCAACUUCGAACAUGGAGACAAAGAUUCAGAGACUACGAAGAGCUUCAGACUCGGCGUCGCCAGAUCGGACGAAGAAAAAAUCAGGAGGAUUCCGCGCCUUAGCAGAGAAGUGGCAACAACGAGCUGAAGAAGACACCACAGCCCCACCACAGCCACAACUCGUCAGGAGAGAGAGUACUACUCGUCUUGAUAUGCCAACCAGGCCUCCCCGCCUCUAUGACGAGCGAGCAUCAGGUUCGUCCACCUUGGAGAGACCAUCUCGUCCCCCAAGACUGUACGACGAAUCAUCCGAGGUAGACGCUGGUCGACCAUCCCGCCCCACCUGCCUCUACAGCGACACACCGGAAUCAUCACCGAAAACCAAGAGUAGUGACGUCCGCGUUGAGAGUCUAGACAUACCCCGGGCAGAAGUGCCAGACCGCAAGCUGUCGAUGCCAGAGUAUGGCAGCAGCGGCAUCAAGAUGCGUGACCGACGUGAGGGUAACACGGGAGGCGCGCCCUCACGACCCACCAGCCUAAUCGAGGGCGGCGACGCAGGUGUGAUGGACUCUCACUAUCUGAAUCCCGGCGCCCCGCUGAGCCCCGCCGUCUCCACUGACUCCCGGGACGACCUUUGCUCCACCCCCGAGGCGUCGCUCUCACGCACAGCCAGUAAGGAGGUGCUCGACGCCUUCUCCCGCCCCCGAGCCUCUAUUGGUAUAUCAAUGCCCCGUACUGGUGCCUCCAACACACCUAAAAUGGCAGAUAUAAUGAGGGCCUUCGAGCGUCACGACUGGAACAAGCGCGGCGCCCCUGGUGGUGUGUCCUCCCACCCUCGUAUGUCUUCUAUAGAUUCCACGACGAGUGACGACGGCUUGAUGGGGGCUCACUACGGCUCAGUCACGUCUCUCGCUUCUGGCCAACGAGACCAAUAUGGCUCCAUCACCUCCCUGGCCUCGUCCACCUCCCUCAUCUCCCCUCAGGAGUUGGCUCAGUUGAUAGAGGAAGCCAACCAGUCAUUGGAGGAGUCUGGGACGCCCUCACACGAGAUCCUGGUAGUGGUGUUACAUAGGGAGAUCGUCGGCCACGGCUCUAUAGGCAUCACACUGGCUGGAGGAGCUGACUACGAGGCUAAGGAAAUCACGGUACACAAGGUGAUACCUGGCAGCUUAGCAGAUCGUGAUGGACGUAUCCAGCGUGGUGAUAGAGUUCUGUCUAUCAAUGGCAAGAACCUACGAGGUGUCACACACAGAGAAGCCCUCGCCAUACUUAAGUCACCAAGACCAGAGGUUGUAAUGGUUCUGUCUAGAAGUCGAUCAGUCACACCACAGGAGUCUGGUGGAACAGAAUCUGAAGGAAACUUCAUCCACCGACCGGCUCUCAUUAACCACGUCACCUCCCCCAGACCUCCCAAGAUUCUUGAAUCCCCAAUGGACAGCAAAAGUCUUAUUUCCGAUGCUGCAGCAAUGUCCAUCCCAAGAGGUCCUCCACUCACCAUCACACUGAUGAAGGACGGUGCUGGUCUGGGUUUCUCAUUAGAGGGCGGUAAAGAUUCUCCUCUGGGUGACCGGCCCCUGACUGUUAAAAAGAUAUUUAGUGGUGGUGCAGCCGACAAAGGUGGUGUACUGAAGGUUGGAGAUGAGUUAGUGAGUGUGAACACUGUGGACGUAACUGGUAUGGCCCGCAUUGAGGCUUGGAACUUUUUAAAGAAGCUCCCGGAUGGUACUGUAUCUCUUGUAUUGAGGCAAAAGCUAGAUGAUCCAGCAGCAAAGAGUGAGGAAUGAACAUAAGAAAUAACUAGGUGACUUUCAUUGACAAUUUACAUAUGCUAGUGAAUCAAUUUUGGAGUUGAAAGACAAGAUUGAUAUUAUAUAUUUGCAACAGUGAUUACAGGUAGUCUUGGUUGCUCAUGAAGGCAUUUCAGUAGGAAGAAUGAAAGUUCCUCACUAUGAACCUUCUGCAUACUUCACCUACCUGUGUGUAACUGAGUAACAACUUAUAUUUUCUUGAACAAUUUAUAUUUUAGUGCAAGCAAAUGGUGAUUGCCUGAUAUAGACUAUGGCCAACCAACGUGUAAAUUUUCUCUCUUGUAUAUUUGGAGUUUUACUAGAAGUUGUGGAAAUGAUCCCUCACAGGAAUAUUUGAGAAAGAAUGCGCCUUUUCUGUCUUUUAAUAGUAUAACAAAAGGCAAAAUUUGAUUGAUUGACAUAUGGAUAAAAAUGUCAUUGUUUUGGAGGAUUUACACAUGUCAGGCCAUGUACUUGCAGUAUGUCAUGGUAGAGGAGUCCUGGGUUGUCUUGUUGGUACAUUAACUCCUCAGUGAAGUAUAUUAGGUAUGAAUUAUGUAUAAUGUUUGUCUGAUUUUAGGAUAACACUCAAAAUGUGUUCCUGUGAGGUGACAGAUGUGCAUUACUAUCAUUAUAAUGAAAAAAAUAAUGGGUACUGUGUGUAACAUUGCAGAUUAAGAAAUUAAUUAUGCUUUAUGUUGCUAUGAACAUAGAACGUCAACAGAUUUUGUAGUCUUAGCGGAGCUCCAAGUAGAUUAAUGGCCAUGGUCUAUUUGUAGAAACUUGUAUGAUUAUGAGUUUUGUUGAGAGAUGUGUAAUAUUGUAUACACUCUAGUAAUAGAUGUGUACAUAGCCAAAAAAAAUAACAAUUACCCACACUGGGUAUGCGUAUUUUGAAUUAUGGUUGCCAAAAGUCAUAAGAAUUUAGUUCCCUUAAUAAAUCUGUGUAUGUAUUCCUUUAGCCAUUUGAACCAUUAUGUUGUUAAUGGCAUCAGAAUUGUAAUUAUUGUCUUUCAGUGAUAAGCAUAAAAAUUUCCUACUUGGAACUAGAUUACUGUAAAACUAAUAAUAUUUUACAUGAUCAACAUUUGAUAAUACUGUAAGUAACUUUUGGCUUGAAUAAUGUGCAGAACUACACUAAUAUGGAAUGUGUAUGACUGUACAGUAUUUAAAGGUAAAUUUUUUUAACGAAUGAUAACUUAGUUACCAUUAUAUUGCUUCAACAUAUAUAUUUAUAAUAAAAUAAGAUUCUCGAGUGAUUAUGUUACAUUUAAAGUGAAAAUUGUGCUGUUUGCUGUCAAGUUUGUCUUGUCAUUGCUAUGGAAAACUGAACUGGUGGAGGCUUGUAGGCAACAAUGGCCUUAGUUGGGAGAGUGGUGCUAGGGGCUGUGGCGGGGUGAUGGUGCAGCCUUUUCUGGGACUCUCAAAACCCACAAGUUGUGCAUCUCACCUUCAGUAGUGAGUUGUGAUGACGGUGUUUAUGAGUGGGCCCCUUGGAGCUGGUGCCUGCUGUGUCUGCCAACCCUCAACUGUGAUAGGUGCAUUUGUUAGUGCAGAUGGAUUAAUCUAAUCUUUACUCGUAUGUAAGAUGAAGGAUUACACUGGAAUUUUUUUUUACAGACAGAUCCUAUGUCCUACAUGGAACAGUUCAUGCCCUUUUCAUCUGCAUCUGUGAAUGUCGCCAUAUUCUUAUUGACUGCUUAGUGUAUUCUUCACCUUCUUAAUCUUCUGAACCAUAACUAAAUAAUUCUCGCUGAACUGUUUGUAUAUUAGAUCAGCUCACAGAGUACUGUAGUUGUAUAUGUUUGGCUUCAUAUGUUUUGAUGUUUUCAUUCAAAAUUAUAACAGCUUGAAGUCAGGGAACGUACUUUCUCCUUGCGGCUUUUAUAUACAAUAGUACUGUACUAAGCAUUUUUUAAUAUCUUGUCACUUUGCACGCAGCAUCGAUAUUUAAAAUUUGUAGUUACUCUUAUUAUUAAACACUAAAAGUAGCCAGAACUUUGAUGAAUGUGUAAUUUUUUGUUUUUCACAAGGUAUGAUCCUUCACGUGUUUUUAUGUCAUCUUGUAUACAGUACUAGUAAGCGUUUCAGCUGCUGCAAAGAUGCAUUGCAUGAAUCGAUGCAUUUCAGCAGGUUCUCUGUACCAUAUUGUAAAUAUUGUUUUUAUGAAUGUGUCAUGUAUUACAUAUUAUUAUAAAUUGCCUUGUAUGCGAGAUUUCCAUAUAUAAUUUUUUUAAGGAAACUUGAUAACUUGUUGUGCUUAGCAAACAUGUUGUGUAUACCAUUAUAUUUAUGUGGUUGCUAUUUCUGCAUUGCCCUUAUGGACGUGGGUAGAUUAGUAAAUCAUAUAGUGCAGUGCCAGACAAUCUAUUAAAUCAUUACAAAUGGUAUUCAUGCUUUGUUCUGGGGUAUUGCUUUAAUUUGGUAUACUUUUUGUAUCCAUUGUUAUUGUGCUUUUUGUAAAGAUAAAGUAUUAGAAGCUGCAUUAUCAUGUACAUAACAUCAUGGUAGGUAAUGAGCGUAUGUUAUUACUUAGAGGCUCAGCUUUGUAAGGGAGAGCGGAACAAAUAAAGUAUGAUCAUUAA